GGCCGCAGCGGGCUGUAGGCGGCGCCAUGGAGCGGCCCGGGAGCGGCGGCGCCGAGGGGGCCUGGGCCGCGCUGCUGGGCCGGCAGCACCAGCAGGCUCGGGAGUACUGCCCGGGGGUGAACAACCAGCCCUACGUGUGCGAGACAGGGCACUGCUGUGGAGAGACCGGAUGCUGCACCUAUUACUACGAGCUCUGGUGGUUCUGGCUCCUCUGGACCAUCCUCAUCCUCUUCAGCUGCUGCUGUGCCUACCGGCACCGCCGGGCCAAACUGCGCCUGCAGCAGCAGCAGCGGCAGCGGGAGAUCAACCUCAUCGCCUACCACGGUGCCUGCAACUACCCCACCUCCAUGAUGGACCUCAGGAUGCUGGCUUCCUUUAAGCUGCCUGCCUACGAGGAGGUGGCCCACCGGCCCAGCACCCCGCCGCCGCCCUACAGCGCCAUCCUGGCCCAGCUGAGCGGGCCGCGCAGCCGCCUGGGCUCCAGCACGCUCACCCUCUCGCCCAGCUCCGAAAACUACACUAGCUGCUCGUGCGAGUCGAGCUGCGUGACGUCCCCCAGCAGCACGUCGCUGUCAGUGCAGGUGACGGACGAGACGGAGCGCAGCCGGGCCAGCACGCCCAGCGAGGAGGGCGGCACCAGCAGCACCGGCACCUGCGGCAGCUGGGAGCUGCCUGAGGAGCCGCCCGCCCGCGAGGCCCCGCACAAGCACGCCCUCUUCUCCUCUAACGUGGACUUCUUCGAGGCCGACUGCCACCACUGCUCCGACAUCGAGGAAGGGGAGGAGGAGGAGGAGGAGGAGGAGGAGGGCGGCACGGCCCAGGGCGAAGGCGGCGAGCACUUCCGGCACCGGCGCCUCACCGGCGACUCCGGCAUUGAGGUGGGGCGCUGCCAGGAGGAGGAGGGCGGGGAGGAGAGCGAGGGCGAGGGCGCCCACCUGCUCAGCAAGGCCGGCCCCGCACCGCCGCCGCCGCCGCCCGAGCGCAAGAGCCUCUGUGGGCUCCCGAGUGAGGCGGGCAGCGAGGAGCCGGGCUCGCCCCCGCUGCCCGUCUGAGCAGGGCGCCCGCCGCCGCCCCCGCCCCGCGCGGGCCCUGCCCUGCCCUCCCCGCUGCCUGCUCGCUUGCCUGGCCCUGCUGCCCCCGUGCUUGCUGCCCUGCUCCACCCCGGCAAAGGGACCGGGGGCAGCGGCCGCCGCCACGGGCCCCACCACCCCCCGCCCUGGCCGUGCGGCAGAGCCCGGCCCCACUCGUUCCGCCCCACCCCUGCCUUGGAGCAGCGAGGCCGGGGGCACCGUGGUGCCCGAAGCCGCCCCUGCUCAGAGGGCUCAGUGGGUGCACGGCGGAGAGGGCUGGGGCCGCCCGCCCCGCUCCCCGGGCCUGGCCGCCUGCAGGGAGGGAGCGGGGCUCCCCGUGGAGCCGUGCCAUGCCAUGCCGUGCCACGCCGUGCCCUGCCUCGCCGAGGGCCCGGCGCUGCUCGGCGCCUGCGCGAACGUCCCCGUUACCAGCAGGGAGGCUCUGGCAACGUGGGGCGCCUGCCCCUUGCCGCGCUGCGCGCUCCCCACGGCCUCUGUGGGGCCCUACCCCGGGCCAUGCCGCGGGGCUCGGCAGACCCCUCUCUGGGGUGCGGACUCUGUCGCCUCGGAGCCCCCCGGGAAGGGCUGCCCUCCCGGACUGACUCGUCCAGGCGAUGUGUGUGUUCCUCGCUGCGCUCUGUAAUGUUUGGUACGUCGUGUAGCGCGGCCGGGCCGGCGCCUGCCGGGCCUCCCACGCCCCGCGGAGCCCCCGGGACAGCGCUUCAGCAGCGGUGGCGUUUCGGCGUGCUCCCAGCUGGUGCCCCCUCCCCUCUGAACUGCUUCCAGGAGCUGCCUGGGCGGGAGCGGCAGCCCAGAGCCCCCAGGCCUUCCUCGGAGGGGGCUCGCGUGUCCCUCGGUGGGCGCUGCCUUCCUGGAAGCCGACUCCUUCCGUCCUGCGCUGGUGGCUGGCACGUGGCCCCCCACUGCCAGCGCACCCACUCCAGGGCCCUGUGGCCUGGCUCCGCUGCCUUUGGGCCGGGGAGAUGGUCUCUGCCUCAGCCUGCAGGUCUGUGCUCUGGGUGACAGUAAUUCAAGUAGCGUUCUCUCAUCAUUAAAGAGAUGUGGAAUUAC